UAAUAAAUGUAUGACUUACACCAAAUUGAUUAUCCAUAUAUACUUUGAAAUGUAUAACCUUUCGAAAUAACCUUACACACAGUGUGUGUAAAAAGUAUUCGUACAUCGAUCAAUUUGAAAUAAAAUGUUUUGAAAUUGUAGUUUAGUUGUUGCUUUUAUAUGAGAAAUUGUUCGCAAGAACACAAAAUGAUGCUAACAAUCUUGUUAGGUUCAAUUUCAAUUAUUUUUUUAUUCCACUGUUAUUUAAAAUAUGGAAGAGUUGGAAGACUUUUAAGUUUAAUUCCAGGACCAAAAGGCUAUCCGAUAAUAGGAAAUGUUCAUCAUUACUACGUUGACAAUGAAAUUCUACUUAAGAAAUUCUGGAAACUAAAUGAUGACUAUUAUCCAAUUCAAAAAGUAUGGUUUUUAAUGUAUUAUGCGGUAAUCUUACUUGAUCCAGAUGAUAUUCAGGUACUAUUGACGAGCAAUACAUGUAUUAAAAAAGGAAUUUUUUACAAACAUCUUCAGCACUGGCUGUCUACUGGACUACUAACUAGUGACGGCCAAAAAUGGCACUUACGACGGAAGAUGUUAACACCUGCAUUUCACUUCAAUGUUCUUAAACAUUACUUUACUAACUUAAUUGAGGAAUCACAAAAUCUGGUCGAAUGUCUUAAACAGGAAGGAAAUAAGAAAAAACAUUCUCUGCUAGAUUUGCUUAUAGCCGCAUCUUGGAACGAUAAUCAAAUAGAUGAGGAAGGAAUUCGAGAAGAAGUGGAUACUUUCAUGUUUGGAGGUCACGACACUACUGCGAGUGCACUGACCUUUACUUUGAGUCUUUUUGCUAAGCUCAAAGAUGUCCAGGAAAAUAUAAGAGAUGAGGUAAAAACGAUAAUGCAGGAAGGUAAUAAUAUAACAAUAGCAUCGCUUAAAAAACUUUCAUAUUUGGAGAGAUGUUUAAAAGAGUCGUUUCGUUUGUAUCCAAGCGUCCAUAUAAUAUCUCGACAAAUUCCUCACGAUAUGCAGCUAAAACAAUAUUUAAUUCCAUCUGGUACGAUAUGUCUCAUAGACAUUCACAAUGUGCACAGAAAUCCAGAAUAUUGGCCAAAUCCAAAUGUUUUCGAUCCGGAUAGAUUUUUACCAGAAAAUAUUAAAGAACGUCAUCCCUAUUCCUACAUACCAUUUAGUGCUGGCCCGAGAAAUUGUAUUGGUCAAAAAUUUGCAAUGCUUGAGCUUAAACUCUUUGUAGCUUUUAUAUUGUACAAUUUUGAGUUAGAACCGGUGGAUGAACUAGAUGAUGUUACAUUUAUUUCAGAUAUCACUUUGAACACGUCUAAACCACUUCGAGUCAAAUUUAUACCUAUUUGAAUAUUAAAUAAUUACUUAAUUAAUAUUACAGUAAAUAAAAAAAUAAAAUAUUCUAUAGUCAAAGCCAGUGCUUUAGUCCUAAAUCCCGAAAAAAUAAACAAAAGUAGCAGUUGUAGUAGUAGUUGUAAACAAAAGUAAAAGUUGUAAGUUAUAUUUGAUUGACUUAUUGUCAACAAAGAUUCUAUAUUUACAUGUUGAAGUUUGACAGAUACUACACUAUGCGCGUUUAAACAGACCGCAAUUUUUGGGACGCUUAGGAUCGUAAGUGCGUUUCUAUUGAUAAUUUACUGGUAUGCAUAGUCAUCUUCUUAUAAAAUACCGUUGAUAGAGACGUGCAUUUUGUAGACCGUCUUUAUAUCCAUAUUGUUUAGCCCGUCAAAAUAGUUCCAAAUGUUAAAAAAUGAUAAUUCUUUGGCGAGAGAUCUGGUGAAUAAGUCGGCAAAAUUUCGUAUUUCAAUUCAUUUAAUUUUUUCAUGGUUUUUGUGGGAUUUAUGUGGCCGAGCAUUAUCGUGGAGAAAUAGUUGGCAAUGCUGAUUAACAAGUGAUGGGUGUUUAAUUUUUAAUUUUGCAUGCUUCUCAUCACUAUGUUAGCAUAACAGCUGCUAGUCUCGGGGAAAGAAAACUAGUUUGUAGUGGUCCCCGGGGUGGGUGGGUCCCAGUCACCACGACACAGCGCGUCCUCGGGUUGCGAUAAUUAAUAAAUAAUUAUCGUACGAAUGGGAUCACUGACUACACUCGACUAUACUCUACACAAAACCCGCGAAUAUCCGUAAUCUUACGGCAACUCGCUAUUCAUUCGCUAAUCGCUCUCUAAUCGCUCGUUUAUCACUCGCUCCCUCACGCGU